CGGCGGAGCCUAUCCCCGCCCGCUCGAGGCGGCUGGGGCACAACCAGACUCGGCUUCCUCGUGGUCCGGUCCGUGUCUGUCUCGGCACCGUGUCACUCUUCUCUGUCGCCAGCCCGAGCACGGCCCCUGGCACACUCCGCUCCCGUACCCAUCCGUUGAGUUGCCGCCAGGCCCUGGACUGACACCUCUUAAAGCCACAGCCCCGCCUCAGACCGCUCUCUGAACUUAGAUUUGUACAUCCAUCGGCCUUCUCAGCAUCUCCAUUGAGAAGUCUGGUGUACAAUAACGCAGUUCGACCAUUGUAUACAUUACUCAGUGCUCAUCAUGAUAUCUUCUGAACGCCCAAUAUGGACACAGCCGUUGCCCUCAAGGAGAAGGAUACCUGCAAACAGGUGGCCCCGAUCAAGGAGGAAAUACGCAAGUAGCACAAGUAGAUGAAUGGAGUCCUGUCACGACUGUGUGUUAAGGUCCACUGAGGAAGACGUGUUCUGGAAGUUCUCAGGAAGUCUUAAGAUAACCCCCAAAACUCACCUCCAAGCCACGUAUAAACACUCAUUACGUCACCUAAUCUGUCCAGAGCUGCGUAAGGCAGAAACUCGUAUUCCCGUUUUGAAGAAUGGAGAAGUUGAAAACCGAUUUAAAUAACCGUCCCGGCCACACAGCUGCUGCUAUGUGGCAGAGCUGGGAUUUGAACCCUGUUCCAUUUGUCUCUAGAAACCAAGACCUUAACCAAUACAGAAUAUCAUUUUCCAUAGGGGUCUAAUUUCACCUCCUGUUGACUUGACUGGGGCCUCUGUGUUAUGAGCAGUCCCAAAUUCAUACAUACCCACACAUUCAUUCUCACUGGAAAAUGGUACAAAAUGUCAGCAUUAUGUCUUCAGGAUUUUUCCAUACUGGAAGAGACUGAAUGGGGUCAUUUCAUUCCUCUCACUGCCUCUGACCUGGACUGUGUUCAGCCUUCUGGAAGGAUGCCUGCAAGUUCAGGCUUCUCGCCUGUUGGUGAAAUGAAGCCUUGAGCGGUGUCCCUGACUCUGAGGAGUGCAUUACUGCCUGAGGGCAGCAGAUGUCUAUGAAGGAAGUGGGUGAUGGCUUGCAGGAUCAGAUGAACUGCAUGAUGGGUGCGCUGCAAGAACUAAAGCUUCUUCAGGUGCAGGCAGCACUGGAACAGCUGGAGAUCUCUGGAGGGAGUCCUGCCCCAGGCUGCCCUGAAAGCCCCCGGACACAGCCCCAGGCCCCUGCCAGGCCCACGGCCUGCUCCUCCUCCAACCAACCUUUUGGCACGAAGUUUCCGUCCUGUAGGAGUGUCUGUGGGAGGGAUCUGGUCCCCCUGACCAGAGCACAGCUCCCAGAGCACCAAAGCUGUGCCCAGCAGGGGCCAGAGCUGGCGGAACCGGAAGACUGGACCUCCACAUUGAUGUCCCGGGGCCGGAAUCGACAGCCUCUGGUCCUAGGUGACAAUGUUUUUGCGGACCUGGUGGGCAACUGGCUGGAUUUGCCGGAACUGGAGAAGGGUGGGGAGAAGGGGGAGGCAGGGGAGCCCAAGGGGGAGAAGGGCCAGCCCCGGGAGCUGGGCCGCAGGUUUGCCCUCACAGCAAACAUCUUUAGGAAGUUCCUGCGCAGCGUGCGGCCUGACCGAGACAGGCUGCUGAAGGAGAAACCGGGCUGGGUGACACCCACGGCCUCGGAGCCCAGAGCCGCCCGCUCACACAAGGUCAAGAAGCGGAGCCAUUCCAAGGGCUCUGGACACUUCCCCUUCCCGAGCACUGCCGAGCCCAGAAGGGGGGAAAGUCCUUCCACAAGCUGCCCCAAGGCCCUGGAACCCUCACCCUCUGGCUUUGAUAUUAACACAGCUGUUUGGGUCUGAA